AUGAUUGACGCUGUGAUUAAACAGUUAACAAACACAAAAGCUUACAUUGACGACGUAGUAGUUUGGAGUAACACUUGGGAAGAGCACAUUGAAGCUGGGGAGAAACUGUUUAAACGAAUGUCUGCAGCCCACCUCACAGUGAACCUCGCAAAGAGUGAGUUUGGCCAUGCCACGAUCACGUACCUGGGGGUUCUUUCUUUUGAAGUCACUGACCUAGAGUUAAAUGCUGAAUACGGUUCUUUGCAGGAAUGGGAACUGCUCUCGGGGUUUCAUGACUGGCCAUUAUUUGGCACACCAAGGGCUUGGCCUAAGAGCUUCACUCACCUUCCAAGAUUUCAUGGCUCUGGAGAUGGGGGAAUCGGAGUUGUCUUCGGCUCAGAAGUACUGGAUACCCCUCCAAUAAUUGACUGUGCACAUCGCAUUUCUCGUUUUCAAUCAGCUUCAAGUUUGAAACCACGACAAGUAAUUCUCCGGAUCCAUUAUCCUCAUACCAAAGAACGUUUGAUUUGGGCUGCCCGGAAAAAGAGAACAUUUGACAAAACAUCUCAGCUUCACGCCAUGAUAUCCAGGCAGAAAGGAUAUUUCUUUGUCUUACUACUUGCAGCUGCAGACAAGAAACCCGGGAUUAUGUUUGUGGAGUCGACUGACAACGUAGAGCCGACACCAUUAGUGGUGUGUUCAGUGGAGUCUGCUGCUCUCCGAAACCCAGACAAACCAAUCUAUUACUUCAUGAAGGGAUUCAGUGGCAACUUGAGCCAGUAUCCACAGCCUGAGUACAAAGGCAUCCCAUUGCUCUCCUCAGUGAGGAAUGUCACCAUUCUACCCUUGAAUCUCACUGAACUGUUUGAAGACACUCCAUUGAAAAGCUGGUAUCAAAAGGUAAAUCCAGAAAAGGAGAAAUAUUUAACUCAUGUACUUGCUGAUGGCUGCAGAUUAGCAUUGAUCUGGAAAUAUGGAGGAAUCUACCUGGAUACUGACAUUAUAUCACUGAGGUCUAUGCCGUUAACUAACUUUACAUGUCCAGAGAACACAGGAACAGUCAGUAAUGGGGCACUCGGUUUCCAUUAUAAGCACCAUACUUUUUUGUGGAAUUGCAUGGAAGACUUUGUGGAUCAUUACAAUGGGGAUAUUUGGGGUCAACAAGGUCCUCGACUGAUCACCCGUGUGCUGAAGAGAUGGUGCAAUAUUAAUGAACUAGGCACCUUCAUUGGCAAGGAAUGCAAUGGCAUCUCUAUAUGGAUCACAAAUCGUUUCUAUCCAGUCCCAUAUCCAGCAUGGGAGAGGUACUUUGCUCCCUGGAAAAAGGAGCAUGUAGAACAGGCCUUUUCAGAUACAUAUGGAGCACAUGUCUGGAACUUUAUGAAUAAACACAAGAAAAGAAAAGUUGUUGCUGGAAGUGGAUCAUUAAUGGAACAUUUUUUCCAGCUGCAUUGUCCAAAUACAUACAAAACUUUGAUUCAAUCCAGCAAUAGUACAUCCUGA